AGUGUGCGACGGUCCUCAUCAAUAGGCGUUGAAGAGGGGCCUGAGCCUUUAUUUCUGGGAAUAACCCUUUAAGAUGCACUAUCAAGUGGGGAAGAUAAGGUUUUAGCUUGUCUUCGAUUAUCUCAUUUCUUUCCCUGUCUUGUCCUUGUCUGUUUGAUUGUCAUCUUCCACACCUUCUGGCUUAAAAUACGCCAAACCAAGUUUCAGAAACUGCACACUCAGCAGAUUAAGCUGAAAUUUUGGGUUUUUACAAGCUAGGAAGGAAGGAAGGAUCAUGGGGCUAGCUUCAUGGGUUGUUAACAAUUUUGUGGCUUCGGCUGUGCUUCUGCUAUGUUCUGUCUCCAUCAAUGUUGCGGCUGCCGGGAAACAGGUGCAGGGGGAAGGGCAGAAGCUGAGGUUUGGGCAGAAUGGAGAAUUUAAGAUACUGCAAGUGGCUGACAUGCACUAUGCUGAUGGGGAGAAGACGGGGUGUUUGGAUGUGCUGCCCAGUCAGGUUCCUGGUUGCUCUGAUCUCAAUACCACCGCUUUUACCCAGCGGAUGAUUCUAGCCGAGAAGCCCGAUUUUAUUGUUUUCACUGGAGAUAACAUCUUUGCAUAUGAUGCCGCUGAUUCAGCAAAAUCUUUGGAUGCUGCCUUUGCACCUGCGAUUGCCUCAAAGAUACCAUGGGCAGCUGUUUUGGGGAAUCAUGACCAGGAAGGCACCCUUUCAAGGGAGGGUGUCAUGAAACAUAUAGUUGGAUUGAAGAACACUAUGUCUCAAUUUAAUCCUCCAGAAGCACAUGUUAUUGAUGGUUUUGGUAACUAUAACCUGGAGGUUGGUGGAGUUAAGGGGUCUGGUUUUGAAAACAAGUCUGCUCUCAAUCUAUACUUCCUUGACAGUGGAGAUUACUCCACAGUUCCUUCCAUUCUUGGCUAUGGUUGGAUUAAGCCUUCUCAGCAGUUUUGGUUUCAACACACUUCUGCAAAGCUUAAGAAAGCCUACAUGAGCCCACCAAAGGCUCAGAAAGCUGCUGCUCCUGGAAUUGCAUAUUUUCACAUCCCAUUGCCCGAAUUUGCCAGUUUUGACUCGUCGAACUUCACUGGAGUAAAACAGGAAGGCAUUAGCUCUGCAUCUGUGAACUCAGGCUUCUUCACAACCAUGGUUGAGGCAGGGGAUGUGAAAGCUGUUUUUACUGGUCAUGAUCAUCUCAAUGAUUUCUGUGGUGAGUUGACUGGCAUACAACUUUGUUAUGCUGGGGGUUUUGGAUACCAUGCCUAUGGGAAAGCUGGAUGGCCAAGGAGAGCAAGGGUGGUGGUAGCAUCUUUAGAGAAGACUAAAGAGGGUAAUUGGGGAGCUGUUAAGUCCAUCAAGACAUGGAAGCGCCUUGAUGAUGAACAUCUCACAGCUAUUGAUGGUCAGGUCCUUUGGAGCAAGAGCUCUGCAGGUAACAAGAGAAAGAAAGGAAUCAUUGGUGCCUAGAACGACGAGCAGAUAAGGAGCUUUUGCUCAGCGUUAGCCGGCAACGCUUUGAGAAUGCCGGUUUUGAUGUUGGUUCAAAUGGAACAUUGUUAGUCGUGUUUAUUUUAAUGAUUUGGUUUCUAGUUGUUCGCCUAUGUGAUGGAAGACACAGAAAUCUAUGUUUGGGGGAGAAUGAUACGUGAUGGACAUUAUAAAUAUACUGUUUGCUGCAAGGCAGCGGACGAUGAUAUGUCCACCAAUUGUCUGUUUUAAUUUAACAAAUCAUUUAUAAAUUUGCAUAUUUUUU